CAGCUUCAGACUUGAAACAUUGUGCUUGAAAUAAAGCGUGUGCUCAGUCUGAUUAACACAGUUGCCUGAUAACUUCAUCCAAAUUCAUUAUGCUUUGCAGAGCUGCAGUCGCUAAGAGAUUGGUUACCAACCCACCCAUGUUGGCAUGUCUAUCCACCAGGCUGGCACACACAUUACCAGACUUGCCAUAUGACUAUGGUGCAUUAUCACCUGUUAUUAGCAGUGAAAUUAUGGAAUUACAUCAUAAAAAACAUCAUCAAACAUAUGUUAAUAAUUUUAAUAAUGCUGAAGAACAACUCAAAGAGGCAACAAAUAAAGGUGAUAUCUCCAAGAUUAUUUCGUUGGCACCAGCUUUGAAGUUUAAUGGUGGUGGUCAUCUUAACCACUCAAUUUUCUGGAAGAACCUUUCCCCUAAUGGAGGUGGCCAACCAUCUGGUGAUCUCUUGGAACAAAUCAACAAAGAUUUUGGAUCUUAUGAUAACUUUGUAAAAACAAUGAGUGCUAGCACAAUUGCUAUUCAAGGAUCUGGAUGGGGUUGGUUAGGGUAUGACAGGGCCACAAGUAAAUUGGUAGUGGCUACAUGUGCAAACCAAGACCCACUGCAAUCUACCACAGGAUUGGUACCAUUACUGGGAAUUGAUGUCUGGGAACAUGCCUAUUACUUGCAGUAUAAAAAUGUCAGACCAGACUAUGUGAAAGCCAUAUGGGAGAUUGUCAACUGGAAAGAUGUGUCUGAAAGAUUUGUUGGUGCUAAAUAAAUAAUAAAAGUGUAAUCCCAUUUUAUUCGGUACAUCCCCUAUUCCAUCGAUACUAUUGUAUAAUGGAAAUGUAGGCUUACCAAAAAUAGGAGUAAUGUAAAUAAUAAGCAUAUAAAGUGUUUUUUUCUGAUUGUUUAGUCAAUGCAAGAUUUUUGAAAAUAAUCACGAGUAUUCUAUUUUAAGAAUGGUGCAUUAACGAAAGGGCCAAAUUAAAGGAACAGUUUUGGGCUUGCUGUGGUUACUCAAUUUAUAUUCUACACGACAUUGUACCUAGAAAUAAUCAAUACAUGGAUACAAGUUACUUUAAAAUGAAUCUUUCAACUUCAGUGAAAAAACAGGGUUAUAUAAAAUUGAAUAUAGGUGCUGCAUGUAAAAUGAAGUGAUUGUGACUUUUAAACAUCCCUUGGUGAUUUGUUUUGUACUACCACUGGAUGUGUAUUUCACAUUUGUUCAUGGUCUAACCAAACUUACCUAGCAGAUGUUAAUGUCGGCAUACAUAUUUAUCUAAUCAUUAGGAAUGUGUUUUUUUCUUAAAUUACAUGAACAUUAAAUGUUAGUGAUUUCUGUUUUUCAGUAGUUUGAUUGCAUUGCAAAUAAAAAUUCAUGUUGUGCA